AUGGCUGACAUUUCCCAGACUCCAGUUGGCCUCAAGCUCUUCUUCGACCGAGCCCGCUUCAAGCCUGAUCCAUGGCACUUGGGCAUCUUCUCAAAGCCGCUGAACGCGCUCGCCGUGGCUUGGCUUCUGCUAAUCGUUCCCGCUCUGUGCUUCCCGAGCGUGAAGGGUGCUGACCUAACUCCUCGGACGAUGAAUUGGACCUGCCUGAUCUAUGGGGGUGCUAUGUUCCUGGUUAUGAGCUACUAUGCUGUUAGUGGGAGGAAGUGGUUCAAAGGGCCUAGAAUCAAUGUCGAGCAUGUUCGUCAAGACGGUACAGCUGGCGUUCUUUUCGUUGAUGAAUAG